AUGGUCAAAAUUUCUGUUGGUGUGAAGCUAAGGCCGAUAGUGAUCGAACAAAGGGAUACGCCGGUAUACCAACAUGUCAUGGUCGUCGAUGAGCCUGAUGAUGGUCGCCCUUGGUACUAUGACAUUUGGAGAUUUUAUGGAAUCGACGUCAUUGGAGGGAUUGUGCCGGCGGCAUCUAACAGUCACAAAUUCAUUUUGGUGGCCAUUGAUUACUUCACAAAAUGGGUAGAAGCUGCUUCUUAUGCCACUUUAACCGCAGUACAAGUUGCUCACUUCAUCAAGAAAAAUGUCAUUUACCGGUAUGGAGUCCCUCAGGCGUUCGUGUCCGACAAUGGGGUUCAUUUCAAAGGACGAGCCAGGGAAGUCUUGGACGAGUUCCAGAUCCAAAAGCAACCCCCUUACUCUUUGGUCUACGAUAUGGAGGCUGUACUUCCCAUUGAGUUAGAAGUUCCAAAUCUUCGGACUAUGAUUGAGUGUGAGGUCCAGGAUGAAGAAUGCUUAAGCAAUCGAUUUGAAGAGCUCAUGUUGUUCGAUGAACGCCGGUUGAGGGCUGUCUAUCAUAUUCAAGGGUAUCAGAGGAGAAUUGCGCGCGCGUUCAAUAAAAAGGUGAAGCGUAGGGACUUGUCAGAAGGCGAUAUGGUUCUAAAGGAAAUCCGGGCACCAAUUUAUGAUCCACGUGGAAAGUUCCGGCCAAAGUGGUCCGGCCAUACAUCAUCAAGAUCAUCCUAUCUGAAGGAGCUACACAGCUCAUUGACUUGGACGGAAACAAAUUUUCAACUCUAG